CGUUUCCCAUCAUUUAUUGUCAAAUUGUCGAAUAACGAACAGUAACAUACGAUUCAAUUGUGUGCCGUGCAUAGAAGUAAAAAAUUGCAUCAGUUUAGUGGAAAAUCAAAAAAUCCAGAUAGUGAAUAUCGUUUUCUAAAUACACAACGACAAUGGUACGACGAGGAAGAUCCGCUUCUCCGCCGCCAGCUCAGCGCAGAGCUCCACCUGCCGCGUCUGCUCCACCUCGUCAUGCCCCUACACAACCUGUUGUCCAGCAUGCUCCCCCGGCAGCCGUUGGUGCACCGAUGGCAGCUCCUAGCCAGGGACCUGGAUUGAUGGCCCAAAUGGCCGCUACCGCUGGUGGAGUUGCAAUUGGUUCCGCUGUCGGUCAUACUGUUGGGCAUGCUAUCACUGGAAUGUUCAGUGGAUCGGAUUCGAAGGAGGCGGCACCGGUUGCCCAGGCCGCUCCGGUCCAACAAUACGCUCCAAUGGCUGGUUCAGAGGCUAGCACCCCGUCGGGACCGUGUGCCUGGGAGAUCAAGCAAUUCCUGUCCUGCGCCCAGAAUCAACAUGACAUAACGCUAUGCGAAGGAUUCAAUGAGGCAUUAAGGCAGUGCAAGGUACAGCAUCAUGUAUAAACAUCAUACCCGGGAUGGAUUAAGGCGUGAUAGAGUGCAAGAUUUAACCACGGGCCAUGUUUCGGCAAUGGAAGAAAACCUCGAAAAUUGUGGUAGUCCCAAUCUGUAGUGUUUUUUCUGGAUUUAUUCUGUAGCUCAAUAAAUCUGUUCUAAUGGCCAACGUUCAGAGUGUUUUGUAGAAUGCAAUUGUAGAUAUAUUGUACCGCUAAUUCACUGUAAUUGUUAUAAAUGAGUACUACUGACAUUUUAUAGCUGUUAUUAAAUAAAAUAUAGUUUGUAGAGGUGA